UAAAUUUAAAGACUGUAAAAUGCCGGGACCAGUGUCCUAGACUACGGGCGCGUUCACGGCAUCGUAAUCUGGUGCCCACGCAGGCGCGGUGACGCCUAAUCCCCUGGCGGGUUUCUAGCUCAGCGUCUUUACGUGCGCGCCCCCGCCUGGCCCUUCGGAGCUGUCAGUGACCGGAUGCGAGACAGGGACAGAGAUAGCGGAACGGCGCGACCGGACUCGCUCUCUGGUGAGGGAUCCAUUAACAGCUGGACCUUUUGAGGCUUCGUGAGGCGGUGUAACUUUUCUGAGUCGGACGGAGCCAACAGAAUAAGCUAGCGCCUUCACUCACCGCACUUGACGGUUUAAUUUGUCUCGGAAAGUCCAGUUAUCCGAGCCCGGCACUCCUCUGCUAGCCGGUCACAUGUCGCGUUGAGCGGCUGGUGGACAGCACCGUGCCUCCGGGGGAGACCUUCGCGCCCGCGUUCGACCGGAGAAGUAUGGCGAGCGGCUUUAGGAGCAAGCUUGUGCGGCUGUGUGAGAUCCUGAGGGACCCGCAUCACGUAGCGAGCUUCCAGCGGUACUGCGGCGUCCGGGAGACAUUUUGCCGCGAUUCGCUGAACGGCCACCGCCACUGCCGAGCCGAAGGGGAGGCAGCGGACCGUCAGGGGAGGGGAGAAGGAGAGACUGGAGACUGUAACGGGAGAGGAGAUGGGGAGGCAGGGGACCGAAAGGGGAGACUAGAAGGGGAGGCGGGGGACGCACCCUGGAGAGGAAAGCAUGCCGCGGCGGACGGCAUGCCAAACGGCCUGGGGAAGUACGUAGCCAGGGAGACGGUGCGGCUCAGGGGGGCUUCGGCUGAAAACGGGGACGGGGGAAGUAAGACGCCGACGUGCGCCAGCGCCGUCAAGCCGCUGCGCAGGAACUCUCUCACCGGGGACGGCGGCCAGGAGUUUCUGAUCGAAAACAAGCUGCUGUACUAUCUGUUCACUUUUGGCACGGAGUUGGGCAAUGAGCUCUUCUACAUCACCUUCUUCCCUUUCUUCAUCUGGAACAUCGACCCGUACAUUGGCCGGCGCCUCAUCCUGGUCUGGGUGUGGGUCAUGUACCUGGGCCAGUGCACCAAGGACCUGAUACGGUGGUCCAGGCCAGCGUCGCCACCUGUCGUCAAAGUGGAGAUGUUCUACAACUCCGAGUACAGCAUGCCCUCUACGCACGCCAUGUCCGGAACAGCCAUCCCCUUCUCCCUGUUCUUGCUCACCUACAGCCGCUGGGAGUACCCCAUGCCACUGGGCCUGGCGCUGGCACUGAGCUGGUGUGUCCUGGUGUGCCUCAGCCGGAUCUACAUGGGCAUGCACUCCAUCCUGGACGUCAUCGCUGGCUUCCUCUACAGUGCUCUGAUCCUGCUGCUGUUCUACCCGGCCCUUGAUGUGGUUGACACAUUUAACCAGACGUGCCCUUACGCCCCGCUGGCCAUCAUCUCUCUGCACCUGGGCCUGGGUCUCUUCUCCUUCACCCUGGACACGUGGAGCACGUCGCGGGGUGAUACGGCACAGAUUUUAGGCACGGGGGCCGGCAUCGCCCUGGGAGCCCACCUCAACCGGCGGCUAGGGCUGCUCCCUGAUCCCUCCGAGUGGCAGCUGCCAUUCAGCCCACCGCCCAUCAGCGCCGCCCUGCUGGCCAGGACUGUACUGCGGCUUUUGCUGGGUGUAGUGGUGCUGCUGGCCACACGCGCUAUCAUGAAGACCGUGACCAUCCCGGCGGUAUGCCGUUUGGUCGGCGUCCCCAGCCAUGAUGUCCGCGAGGCCCGGCAGCACAUGGAGGUGGAGCUUCCUUACCGCUAUAUUGUCUACGGCACCGUGGGCUUCAACUGCUUCUUCCUGGUCCCCUUCCUCUUCAGCUAUGUGGGCCUGUCCUGAGGAACCCAGGAAAAUCCCCCACGUGGACAUCCCCACCAUAACCCCACCCACCGUGUUUCCAAGCAAAUUGAAAACGGUGGAUCCGAUCAAAGCCAGUCGUUUAAUCACCCGUUGCCUUCUAAUUCCGGUCUGUUUUAUUUGUGCAUUUCAUUGUUUUAAUGUUUUUUUUCCCCUGAGUUAAACUCAGUUGCUGUGGAACCCCGUUGCAUUGUGGGUAGUCUGGGCUUGGCGGUUGAGAGAGGCGUGCAUAGCUGACCUCUCUCUGUCAGCUUCCCUGCCUCUGCUUUUCUCGCUUGCCGUGCAAAAAUAAUUGUAAGCAGUGACCAGGGUUAUACUACUUGAUGAGUUUCUGACGUAUCAGGGCUCUUCACAUGAGCAAUAAUGGGAACUCAGAAGGGGGGGGGGGGGGGGGGGGGCAGAGGGUGAGGUUAUUCCCCAUGUGUCAGAGAUAAUCAACCUGAACCUCCAGUCUGCAUUCAGAUGAGUGCCCUCUGUUUCUGGGCAGCUUCAGACUUGAGAGCUGUGGGUGCUGUGUUCAUCUUGCAAGCCCCCCCCCUCCCCCUCACUGCGCCAAGUGGGCUGCAAACGUUCACUUCCUGUGGAUCAGCCGAACCACUUACUGCAGCUGGAGCUCCGUGAGGAAGGGCAGAUGCAAUGCUGAGAGACUCACGGACAGCAUAAUACAUCACUUACAUGUAUACAUAUAAUAUACCACUAUUCUGUGGAGUUUUUUUUUUUUUUAUUGCUUUAAAACAAGCAGAACCCCCCCCCCCACACACACACACAAACCUCCCUCAUAAAGAAUGCCAAUGUGUUUGGUUUUGGAGAACAGAAACCAACAGUCAGCCCUGCUCAUCGAGCUCUUCCAUGUUUUUUCUGCCUCUGGGGAAGGAACUGUGUGAUGGGAGGUGUUGGUUCAGGGGCCAGCGGGGGCUGCGUGUGUCAGUGGGCCUCUGUGUACAGGUCCUGAAGGCCCUUGGCAUCAGGAACAAACCCACCGACUUUACCGCUCAUCGUGCACCGAAUCAAAAAUGCACGCUAGGCUAAAGCUAACCUUGCUGAACUUUGAACAAAAACAACAGCAAACAGAGAUUAGGGUGAGCUGUUUGGACAUGAGCAGAUUCUCCCGUGGUGGGGUGGGGGGGGCUGCUGCCUUAUUGUACUCCCUGUUUCCAGUCCUGGAGGAAAGGGAACUGACUUCCCUACUGAGAAAUGAUCUCAAGCUCCUCCACAGUUGUACCACUGUGCUAGCAUCUUUUGAACUGUAUUCAUAAAAUGUGUAUUGAAAGGAGAGCUUUUUACUAUCCUUUUUCUGAUUCACCAAUUUUUGUCCGUCCCUCCAUAAGUAUAUAGACCCUGGAGGAAUUUCCCUCUGUCUUCCCUGAUUGCAGUGAAUUUAGUCAUAAUUAUUUUAAUUUCUCAAGCAGCUGCGGCCGUGUAAGUCUUUUCUGUUUGCCUCUCUGCAGUUCCACAUGACUGACUUAUCGGUGGGAAUAUGGACCAAAAAAGAUGAUCCUUUGCUGUGUGCGGCUUGGAUUAGACUGUUAAUCUCACAAAGCCCAGUGCCUUUACUGUAACUCGCAACAUCCAGUCGCGCGAGUGUCUUGUAGUCCUCUCUGAGGAGCUUGUGUCAGGCAGUGGACGGGUGUGAUUCAGCCUCGUGUGUUUUCUUCCAGUGCUCAUGUAUUCAGUUUUGUUCUGGGAGUCCAGCUGUUAACUCUGAUAACUAAAAUUUAAUUUCUGUUGUAGGGCUUUGUUUUAAAAUCACGAUCUUAAUUCAUACCCCUAUAUGAUCGUAUUCUUACAUGAUAACAAUUUUGCCGUGUUUGCAUUAGUGGGGAGAUCCAUCGCAUUGAACCAGGCUCUCUCAUUUCCUACUGUAUGAACUGUAUCAACAGAUGACAGGACUGCAUUACACUAAAAGACGGACUGUAUCCAGGAAGAGCGGCCGGGUAGGAAACAAAUCCAAUGUGUGCAACGAGGUGAAAGAAAAUGCUUUGACAACAAGGACAAAAUGAUUCAGACUCGAAGACCCAUCUGGUGAUGGUGAGGAAGAGGAAAGAAAUUUUUCAGAGCCCAGUUCAAGCAAUAACAGGCUCGUACUGAAAAAGGUGUCACAUUCGCUUGUGUGGAUAUUUUUUUUUCUGAUUAGUGCAAUGAAUUUGUAGCGAAAACAUUGGUUCGAAUGUGGUAUAAUUAAGAGCAGAUGAGGUUUAAGUUUAGUAUUUCUUGUAGUUGGAAAUGAGUUUUGUUAAAAACCGAGUGUGCCCUUUCUGUUCCGCAAAGUUGAUGUGACUCCCAUUUCAGUAACAAUCAUAUUGCUUGUUCUGUCUUAAUAAAGACAUUAUGUAAUGCAAAUAAUAAUAAAGAGGAGAGAUAUGUAUUAGGCCUACUCAAAAACCGUGAAAGAUAAUUGCGAUCUUGAUUGAGUGGAAAAAAAAGUCACGAUUCGGAUUUUACCCAGAAUCGUGCAGCCCUGCUCACUUUUUCCUCUCCACACUGCGAAUGACAGAGAACAAGGGAUGGAAUGCAGCUCCUGUUGUUCCAUUUUCUCCUUUUAUUCCAUUGGCUUCUUUUCCAGCAGUGGAGUGACAUGUUAUUCAAUGGGUUUUUCAUGUGUCCGCCCGCAUAAAUAAACUUGCACAAAUAAAAAUGCACAAUACA